UAUAAAGUAGCUGAAGGAUAUGUGAUUAAGAUAUAUAUAUAGAGAGAGAGACAAGCCAGCAAGAAGUUUUAGUACACACACACACAAAAGAUUCAAAGAAUCAUCAAGUAACAAAAAAAUAAAGUAAAAGAGAGAGAAGGAAAAUGAACAGAAUGAGCAAUACAGUGAUAGGGUUCUUGAAUAUCCUAACACUAAUUUCCUCCAUAGUGUUAUUAGGAUCAGCUCUAUGGAUGGGUAAGAGCAAGACAACAUGCGAGCAUUUUCUUCAGAAGCCACUUUUGAUCUUAGGCCUAGCUAUCUUGAUCUUGUCAAUAGCUGGUCUAGUCGGUGCAUGUUGUGACGUGGCUUGGGUCUUGUGGGUGUACCUCUUCUUCAUGGUCUUCAUCAUAGUCGCGCUCAUGGGUUUGACCUUGUUUGGCUUCAUAGUGACUAGCCAUGGUGGUGGUGUGGGUGUGGAUGGUAGGGUUUAUAAAGAGUUUAAGCUUGAAGCAUAUCACCCUUGGCUUAAGACAAGAGUGAUAGAUACUAAUAAUUGGGUUACUAUAAAGACUUGUCUAUUGGGCUCUGUCACUUGUUCCAAGCUCGCUCUUUGGACUCCUCUUGAUUAUCUCCAAAAGGACUUAUCUCCUCUUCAGUCGGGAUGCUGCAAACCACCGACGUCAUGCGUUUACAACACGGACACGGUGAUACAACAAGACCCUGAUUGUUACCGGUGGAGCAACGCUGCGACAGUGCUUUGCUACGAUUGUGACUCGUGUAGAGCUGGCGUUUUAGAGACCGUGCGUCGCGAUUGGCACAAACUAUCUCUAGUUAACGUCGUCGUUGUUCUUUUCCUCAUCGCAGUUUACUGCGUUGGCUGUUGCGCGUUUAAAAACGCCAAACGCCCUCAACAUUACGGCUUUCCUUACGGACGUUACGGCAUGUCCAAAUCUCGACCCGGAUGGGAACAGUCCUGGUCGAGAUGGUGGCAUGGGAGAGAUCGGUAUUAGUGAAAAAUAUUUAUGUAAUGUUUUCUGAAUUUUGCGGUUUAGCUUCUUGGCCUCUAAUUUAUAAUUUAUAAUUUUGUACAGAACCUAAAUUUAUGAUAAUGAAAUGUCUACCUUUUUGGUUGUUGUUAAA